AUGACGAGGACGAAAAAGAAGGGAAAAGUCAUAAGUAAGGCAGUGCUGCGGGUGGCAGCAAAGUCUGGCAAAACUGUCAAAAAUGUCCGCGCUGGCGGUCUCAAGGAAGAUAGACGUCUUCGUAAGCUUGAGCAACGAAGACGAGACAAGGCGAAGAUCACACCUGGUCAAUGGGCGGAGCCAGCUCCUUCUCACCUUGUUGGCAAGCUGAAUGUACCCAAAGUCAAGUCGAAGUAUAAAUCUUAUUUCGAAUUUGCAGAGAAUAAGGAGAAGAAGAAGAAGUUGGAGUUUCAGGUUACGAAAGACAUCAACCCACCUCCCGGUUUCGCAUUCGUCCCCGUCGGUGACCCAGACUUAACGAAUAUGUGCAAAGAUCUUUCUCGAAAUAGAGAUGCAAUGAUGUUUAUAGUUUCGUCCUCGAAGGAAGGAGUUUCGAAAGUCUCUGAACAUACCUACCGGACUGGAUACCACUUUCGAGAAGCAAUACUUGAUGAUGCUCGCGCCAUCGUUGGCGACACAAUCCUUGGCUCGUUCACCCCAGGGCAAGUAGAACCUAUUCCGGAAUCUCAGGAGGAAAUAAACAAGCAGGCCAAUGCGGCAAUACGAGAUUUAUUCCCUAGGAUACCAAAUACCGACCGAACUAUAAUCUUAGAACACGCUUUCCAAAAGGGGGUAUUGUUCCAUGGGGAGAAGACUGUUGGUUUGCAGCCGGGAAUUCCACUAUCUCGCCGAAUUCAACUUGCCGUUCUUGCCCAUAUUAGACACACCCACACAAGAUAUGACCAGCUCCUAAAAGAGACGCAAUGGAUGAACGCUCGUAAGGUAGUUGAACCAGUAUGUUUAGAUAUCCUUGUCAAAUGGCGCGGCGACGAGGAGACUGGUAGGGAUCAACUAGAUGAAAUCCUGCGUGAAGUCGUUGUCAUUACCGAUUCUGAGAACGAGGAUGAGGACGACAGUGAGGAUGGAAUCACUUCUGAUGAAGACGCCUCGGAUAAGGAAGGGGAAGUCACUUCUGAAAGCUCGCCAGAAGUCCUUUCUCCACGAAACCCACCUAUUCAACGGCCGCAUUUAGCUCACCCAGAUAUCCGCAGACCUCAGAGCAUGGUUCGUCAAUGGUCAACUGGAAGUACACCAAGACCAGAAGACGCAAUCGCUUCGCGUACUAGGUCAAAAACAGACCAGAACAACAACGAAGGAAGACGAAGAGGGAAUCAACGUUACCGGGACGCAUGGACUGAGGCCCAAGGGAGGCAAGCUCCUGCACACCACGGUAUCAGACCAUCUAGUAACUCAACCAACAGACGACCCCAAGCUACGGUAACGUCAUCAACUCAUAGUGUAGCCCAAUAUCCCCAAAACCGAACACAUUCUUUUUACAGAAGCUCAGAGCAAGGCCAGUUCGAUCGCGAACGACUAGGCGGUGGCUCAAUGGCGCGUCCAACUUCCCAUCACUCAAUGCAUAGACCGGCCCCAGGAAUCUCGAUGCCCGGAAACCAGGUAAUAUCAACACUACAAGCUGAACAGCGCAUGUACCCUGAGAAGCUGCCCUAUCAUGGCAACAAUUUUCAAUCUGUAAGCGAGCAGAGACCAUCACAAGUUGUGAGAAGAACUCCACAGAGGCAUGGCCUUCAGGACAUGCUUGUGCCUUCAAUUGAAAUGCCCUCUGGCGAUCCCAUAAAUCAGCCACGUCAUGUAAUUGAGCGGCGCGAUAUUCAUGAUCGCUUUAAUCCCCCUCAGGAAUCACAUCCUCGAAUGGCGGUAAAUGAUCAGAGACUAUCACCACCACGGCGGCAAGUAAUCGUCAUUGAUGAUGAUAGUCCCCAUGUUAAACGUCGACGCAUGGUGCGCGAAGAUGAUUCCGGUCAAUUUAGAUCUCGUCCAUCUCGUGAUUAUACUGUCCAUGCUACAUCGCCGCCGGCUCAUUCUCAUUUUAUGCAACCAUCAUCUGUUCAAUCAAGAGACUUUCCUGUUCGACGUUCUGCUAUGCAGUCUGAAUCUAGUCAAGGUUUGUUGGGGGGUGUUCGUUCUUCAUAUCAUUCUGCCGAACGGAUUCCUGUAUACGAUGCGCCCGGCACAGGUAGCCUUGAAAGGCCUCAUGAGUAUUUCAGGAGAGAUACAGUUGAUACUGGCUACCGAGAAGGAUCUCGUAUUUCACGUCGUAUGGGUUCUCCAAUGCCACUUCGUGAAACCGCUGGUGAGCCCGUUUAUCGUCGACAGGUCAAUGCAAGUGAGAACGGGAGAGAGAUUCAAGAUAUGAGAACACAUGAGUUUGAUUGUGGUCCUCGACUUGACGAGCCUAGUCACCAUGUAAAUGGCUUCCAAAUGGGCCAGUCUUCCAACUUUCCUGUUUCCAGCACGGUUUCUCGUUCCUAUGAUAUAGGCCAUCGUCCUCUUGUUUCAGAGCAAGUUCUUUCUCACGAACUCUCCCAAUCUCGGCUUGAUGGCCAGGUCUCAGGUAGAAAUGGUUUUGCCGUCUGUGAUAGACCUCGUAUGGAGCGUCAGAAAUUUGCUCAAGACAAUAUUUCCCGUGGCCAUGAUACUGGAUCAUCUUCAUCAGUUCCUCCAGCUAGAGCAAGGUCUCCAGUACGAUACGAGGAGAGAUCUAUAUAUAGAGAAGAAAAACACCGGCCUGUGCUUUAUGAGCAGAACCAGCCGCUUUACGACGAACGUUACGCUGCUCGUAGUCCGGCUCUAACAAUAAAUCAUGGGCGCGCGACCCAUGGGCCACCCAGGCGCCAAGUCGUCACCCUUGAUUGA